GAUUUCUGUCACAAAUUUAGCUAUAAUGGAAAGUGAGCUCGACCUUGAGCUCAGCCUCCUCCACCCCUCCUGGGCCGCGCCGGAGGAGCCGCUCGGCUUCUUCCUCUGCACGUACUGCGGCCGCAAGUUCUGCAGCUCGCAGGCGCUCGGCGGCCACCAGAACGCGCACAAGUACGAGCGCACCCUGGCCAAGCGCCGCCGGGAGAUCGCCGCAGCCAUGCGCGCGAACCGGGCGUCCGUGGAGGGCGCCGGCAAGGUCGACGCCAAGCUGGGGGGAUCCAGAAUCGUCGACGUUGCUGGAGCUGAGCCUGAGACUGAUAGGGCGAGGCCACUGGAGGCGCAGCCUGGGCAUUCUGCCGACCGGCGACGCAACGUUGAGAGCGCCGACGAGCUCGACUUGUCCCUUAGGCUAUGAUCGAUUGGCUUCUCCUGCACCAUGUACCUCUCUUCUCUUUGGCGCUUUGCCUGUUCUACAUACAUGCAUGCCCCAACAUGGCCACGCCACUUCGUUACAUGUUGUCGAUCCGUUCACUAGCUUGGUGAUGCGAUGGGCUAGACCAUGAGCUAUUUUAGAGAGGACAGAGCGCCGGUUCUCCUCGAUGCCUUGGAAAACAUUGAGAUUGCGAGAGUCCCAGAGGUGCCAAAGGAUUCUCAACACCAUUCAGGUGUGUUCAUCGUCCAAAUGUCGAGCUCUUCCGCCGGGCAGUCGAUGUGCAGCUUCGCUCAUACUCACUGGCUGACCGGACAGCCAAAUAAAAGAUGGAACCGAUCUUCAUCAGGUGCCGAGGAGCAUCGUUGGCAUAAUGGCAUACCUCAUUGGAGAUGGCUGUCUUGCGCAGCAGGUUGCACCUCGUCUGUCUAUGUAUAUUGUGUGUAACUUAGACUCCAUUAUUUGGAAGAAAAAUACAACUAGAUAUCAAGGAGAAAGUGUAAUAUAUACUAAUGGAUUAAUCUUUGUUUGCCACAAUUACA